AUGAAUGCCACCUGCCGUGCCGUCUUGUCCUAUGCCAGCCGGCAUAUGGCCCGUGUCGAGUCGCUCCUGCAGAAGACCUACCUCUUCGACCUCAUCUUGCAAGGCAGUAGCCAAGGUCUGGCCACCAAGGAUUCCGACGAUGCGACUAUCUCGGCAGAGGCUCUGAAGCGCACAAUGGAUGUGCUGCUGCAAGGCAAGGAUGAGGAUUUGGAAAAGAAAGAGGACGAGUUUGAGGAGACAGAGGAUGACGCAGUCGAUGAGGACACCGGGAGUGAGGACGAGAAGGACAAGGACGUUGCAACUUCGGGUGAGGCCAAGCGCAGGAGAAAGCAAUAGGGCACGAUAGGGCAAAUGGAAGCGGAAACUCGGCUUGCCCAAUCAGCCUGCGUAUUUGCUGGAUUUUGUUUGGCUGCAAGACUCAGUGUUUUUGACUAUACAUAGUAAUUAGAGAGGGCUUGAGCAUGACUCAUAGGACUGUGUUUGAAGACCAGUUCUUCCCAGCGCUGUCUCUUUUGAGUAGUGUGCACAUGCUGGCAGACUGGUUUUAUUGUAUUUGAGACUUGGCAGUUUUUUCUUUUAUUCACAUACCUUUGCACUUCAG